CGAAAACUCAUUUUCAGUUUUUAAACUUUAUUCACAAUGGACCAAGCUCCUGAAGAACCUAGACAGCGCAGUGGAUCGUUUUCUCAGCAGAAGCCAAAGGUGUUGAGACCUUUCAAUACCUCUGAAGUCAAGAUUCUUCUGUUGGAAAACAUCAACCAGACCGCUGUCGAUGCAUUCAAGAAGCAAGGCUAUCAGGUUGAGACCUACACCAAGGCGCUUGCUGGCGAUGAGUUGCUCGAAAAGAUUAAGGAUGUCCAUGUUAUCGGUAUCCGCUCCAAGACCAAGUUGACUAAGCAAGUUCUCGACGCGGCUAAGGAAUUGAUUGCCAUUGGUUGUUUCUGUAUUGGUACUAACCAGGUCGACCUCGACGCUGCUGCCAAGCAAGGUGUAUGUGUUUUCAACUCCCCCUUCAGCAACUCACGUUCUGUUGCCGAACUUGUCAUUGGAGAGAUCAUUGUUCUUGCCCGCCAACUGGGAGACCGUAGCAAUGAAAUGCACCAGAAAAUCUGGAACAAGGUGUCUGCCAACUGCUUCGAGAUCCGUGGCAAGGUCCUCGGUAUUGUAGGUUACGGUCAUAUUGGCUCACAGCUAUCUGUCUUGGCUGAGUCCAUGGGUAUGACUGUCUACUUCUACGAUGUUCUUCAAAUCAUGCCUCUCGGAACUGCCAAGCAAAAGGAAAGUUUGGAGGAGCUGUUGUCUAUUUCCGAUUUUGUCACUCUCCAUGUUCCCGAACUUGAAGAGACCAAAAACAUGAUUGGCGAAAGGGAAAUUAUGGGCUACAUGAAGAAGGGUGCUUAUUUGCUGAAUAAUGCUCGUGGAACUGUCGUCCAGAUUCCUGCUCUGGUCAAGGGUCUCAAAUCUGGUCACCUUUCUGGAGCUGCCAUUGAUGUUUACCCUAAGGAGCCCGCUUCCAAUGGUCCUCACUUUACCGAGUACAAUGACUUGCUCGAAUGCAAGAACCUUAUCAUGACCCCACAUAUCGGUGGCUCCACUGAAGAGGCUCAAUCUAUGAUUGGUAUUGAAGUUUCCACCGCCUUGACCAAGUUCAUCAACCAGGGUACUUCUAUCAAUGCCGUCAACUUCCCUGAAAUCGACCUUCGCGUUAUCAAUGAAGAGGAAAGCAACACCGUUCGUGUUCUGUAUAUCCAUCAGAAUAUUCCUGGUGUGCUUAAGGAAAUCAACGAGAUCUUUGCUGACCAUAAUGUUGACAAACAAUACUCCGAUUCAAAGGGCGCCAUUGCUUAUUUGAUGGCCGAUAUCACCCAGGUCACUGAGGAACAAAUUGAAAUCAUCAACCACCGAAUUUCAAAUACACGCGCCAACAUCAAGACUCGUGUUCUUUACUAGAAAGCGUUUCAACCCAGAGAAAUACAUUGCAUCCUUCCCACUUAUUCUCCAUAUUCUGUAUAAUAACUUCAACGUUUUCCCAUCCCUCUUUGUGCCACAGUUGCACAUUAUAAAAAAAAAACCUCGAUUGUAACAGGGUUUUCAACCCCCACUAACUACGCCUUUGAAUGUCGUGCUUUGUCACCCUGCCAGACGGACGGAUUUAGCGAAAAUGUGGAUGAUGGAUCCUGUUUGUCGGUACACAGGUAAAACGGAC